AAUGACGUCGCUGUGAGGCCUCUCGACACACACCAUGUUCCAGCCUUGUAACCACACGGCGCUUGUCUCUAAGCGCUUUAAACUAUUCCAUUUCACCUCUAAUUCCUUGGUUUAUUGGGUUAUUUGAUAGAUCAUGUACUAAUCCCAACUGCAUUCUAACAAAGUCACGUUUAUAGCUAUUCUUAGUCUUUAUUCCUAUUAGUCCUCUUUGACCAAAUAGCCGCCAAUUCGUCUUAUCUUGCUUCGAGGUUGGAACACACGACAUAAUACAUACCUACAUACCUAUAUACUAAGCCGCUCGCUACCUAUUGACCUUUUUGAUAAUCGCUUGAUUCAUUCUAAGCCUCAGUCCGACACAGUAUGGCAUCCGGACACAAUGACCCUAGAUUACUAUACGCCAUCUCAGGUGUUUCGGCCUACCAUCUUGCCUAUGGAAAGGAAGAAUCUCUCACUCCUGCUGGGCCACAGACUCUGUCCUUGUUGAUGGUCCCAACAUCCUCCCCUUACGCCGAUCCCGCCAUUGAGAAUCAAGAUGGAGCGCCACCCGAAGAUUUCUACCUCCAUCUUCACCUACCACCCGAAUUAGAUAUUCCCUUACCUGCGACCACCCAAAUAUACCAUCAGCCACCCACGAGCUAUCUCAUCCCCAGAUGGGACCUCGGUCCUGACAGCGGGGCGUUCACGCGCAUCGAAUUUCCCGCGGUCGGCGCUCGCAAGGGGCUCCAAGAGGAUGUGGAUACUUUUGAAACCAUCUUGGCGCAAUGUACCGCUUUUCUCGAAAGAGCUCCGCCACCAAAGACAGCAAGGAGGGAGAAGGAGAAGAAGAAGGAAAAGUCAACUUCUCCAACAUCGCCAUCUUCCACUAGAACAUCACCGAAAAUGUCAAAAUCGAAAUCUGCAUCUCCAGAACAACUACCAGCAUAUAACCCUGCUUCCUAUAAACCUGGUGAAGGAUAUGUGAAGGGUAGCCAGAGUUCUCAGCGAGGGGGCCAAAUCGUGCUAGUAGACGAGGAAGAUGGCAGCGUCAUAGGAGAGUUGUCAGAGGGGUACCAGGUUCUUGAUUCGGACGUGAAGCCGGGUUCCAAGGAUCCUGUCGAAAUCACUCUCCCCGACGAAGGGACUAACAAACUCGCUGUUGUUCCUGCUUCGCCAGAGACUCUGGAGCUUGAAUUGCAUCCUGCUUACCAAAGGUCAUUUAUCGUAUCGAAAGCCGCUUAUGCAUCGCGGUUAAUCAUCACUACGUCGGAUUUGGUUUCCAAUGCUAUGCAAAGCGGGUCAGAGAGCUUUGUGAAAAACACCAAGUCAAAUGACAAAGCCGUGACGUUUACACCAGCAACGCACGAUCGAGUUCGCCGCAUAGGAAAGUUUUCCGGUGGUGUAGCUGACCUAUCAUCAAAGACGGUUGGUCAGGUCACCAAAUUGGCUCAGAACGUAGGAGCUACAAUCGCAGGCCGUGGUGUUAAGGAAGGGAAGAAGGGUUACGGCCCGGAUGGACAGCCGCUCGAGUCAUUCAAGCCCGGGUUGCUAAAUAAGAGCUUAAUGGCCUUCACAACAGUUGCAGAUGGAAUCGAUCAAGCAACGCGAAAUCUCCUUACUUCGGCAUCGUCGAACGCGACAAGUAUGGUCACUCACAGAUGGGGCGCCGAAGCGGGAGAAUUGUCGAAGCACCUAGGUGGGAGCGUCAAAAACGUCGGCCUCGUCUAUAUUGAUGUUACGGGUGUCUCUCGGAAGGCCGUUAUAAAAGCAGUUGGGAAAGGUAUGGUAGUCGGAAAAGUCAAAGGUGGAGGGGAAAUCAUCGUGGGAGACGAUACCUCAGAUAUUGUGUCAAGGAAAGAGACCAACGGCUCCAAGGCCAAAUCGACUCCAGCUUCUCCAAGCACCAAUAGCCCGGUAGAUGGUAAGGGGUUGAAACGGUAAAUGGGUUUCACAGUGGUAUCUCAAAAUAAUGAGUAUUUUACGAAUAAUAUGUACUUUUAUGAUACGGAAAGCGGCGAGGAAAACUUUCAAGAGGAAUGAUCAAUUUAAUAGAACGGCGGGAACGGUUCUACUUUAAUACAUCAACACAUUUAAGUGCAUACAUAUCUCACUAAACAAUAAUAUACAGAGGUCUAUGCGUUUAAAAAGAGUUUUAUCUAAUUAGACAAAAAAUGGAACUCAAAAUAUAUGGGUCUAA